AUAUCUCUACGCUCCCUGAAGAAUCAAAAUCAUCUCUCUCUCUCUCUCUCUCAAACUCUUGUUUUCCAUUCUUAUCCUCAUUAGUUUCAAAUAAUUGGUACAGACAAAGGCGGUAAGAACCUCGGAAAACAUCAAACAAAGCUUAUCCAUUCCAUUUACUACUCUACAAAAUUUUCUCCAUAUCUAUCCAGAAAAUCCACCGCUUUAUUCACACAAAACUUCGACGGCAUGGGACGCUCACCUUGCUGUGAAAAAGCGCACACCAACAAAGGCGCCUGGACCAAAGAGGAAGACCAGCGCCUCAUCGACUACAUCCGCGCCCACGGCGAAGGCUGCUGGCGCUCCCUCCCCAAAUCCGCCGGAUUGCUUAGAUGCGGCAAGAGUUGCAGACUGAGGUGGAUAAACUAUCUCCGCCCUGACCUCAAGCGUGGUAAUUUCACUGAAGAAGAAGAUGAACUCAUCAUCAAGCUUCAUAGUUUGCUCGGAAACAAAUGGUCUUUGAUUGCGGGAAGAUUACCGGGAAGAACUGACAACGAGAUCAAGAACUACUGGAACACGCACAUCAAGCGGAAGCUCAUCGGCCGUGGCGUCGACCCACAAACUCACCGCCCCCUCAAGGAGAUCGCCGCCAACGCCGUAGCUUCCCACUUGGAUUUCAGGAAUUCCUCUCCACCAUCUUUGCCGGUAGCCGGAAUCAGCCUCGUGAAUCAGAUAAACAACAACAACACCACCACCACCCACAACUGUGCCACGUUGAAGCCGAAGACCGAGUCGGUUGAAGAUGCGAACUGCACCAGCAGCGGCACGACAACCGAGGAAGAACCGCCACAACUGCCACAGCGACAAAAACAACAACGGCAAGAAGCGCGUGAUCAGAGCGUGCUCAAUUUGGAGCUUUCUGUAGGGCUUGGGCCGUUUCAGGCCGAGUCGUCUCGGCUGUCGCCUGGAAACACGGCCGAGUCGAAGCUCCAGCAAGUUCCUUUCCAGUUGUUUAAUGGGACAGUGCAAUCGGCCAUGGUGGCUCAGGCGGUGUGUUUGUGUUGCCAUUUAGGUUUCCAGAGCAAUGAGUUGUGUAGGAAUUGCCAGAACUCUAAUGGGUUCUUUAGAUAUUGCAGACCCUUGGAUUCGUAGAUUUUUUUAAUGGCUUUGAUUAAAUGCUUUCACCGGCCAAUGUAAUCAUAUAUCACCAUUUUUAGAUAUAUGUUAAUCAUAACAUGUAGAAGAACAUAUGUAUCAGUCUUUGCAAUUUGCAAAUGAUCAAUUACUUUUUGGAUU